AUGUGCUCUCCCAUUUGGAUACUAGUGUUGGUCUCAGAGUCCUCCACCCCGGACCUCUCUGUUCACCGCACACGAUCAGCAGAGGCAGCGGCAAGGAAGAUGACGACGACGACAAGGAGGAGACCCUUGAAGGUCCCUGAGAUGGCGCUGAGGGUGUGCGUGAUCCCCCUCGCCUUGGCCUCCCUGUGGGAGAUGGCCACCAACAAGCAAGCUAAUGACACCUACGGAGAGAUCAGCUUCUCCAACCUCUCCGGCUUCAAGUAUUUAGUUUUCAUUAACGCUGUCACUGCCGCCUAUUCCGUGGUCUCCAUCCUGAUGUCAUCCUUCAAGUCCCUCGCUCGCUAUGAUUGGCUCAUUUUCCUCCUGGAUCAGGCGGCGGCGUACCUGCUGGUGACAUCGUGCUCGGCGGCGGCGGAGCUGGUGUACCUGGCGAUGGAGGGCGACCGGGAGGUGUCGUGGGGCGAGGUGUGCUCCUACUUCGGUCGGUUCUGCGGCAGGGCCACCGUGUCCGUGGCGCUGCAGGCCGCCGCGCUGCUCUGCUUCGUCGCGCUCUCCCUCGUCUCCGCCUUCCGGGUCUUCCGCGAGUUCGACGCCCCUGGUGCUCAUGUUGAUUGCUCGGGGGACUCUGACUCCAAGCAGGAAGGUACAAGGGUGCACGACUUGUCUCCCAAACUAUGCACUAUACGAAGAAGAAAAAUACAUGAAUCUCCCUUCCCCGGCAGUGAAAACGUCACCGGGCCACACAGAGACUGA